AUGGACUCCAACUCUACCACCAACUUCUUCACGCUCUCCCAGUCAUUCAGUGUGUCCGACAUUAUUGUAAUCGGAGCCUACUUUCUGCUGAACGUGGCUGUGGGAAUCUGGUCAUCCUGCAGGGUGAGCAGGAACACGCUCAGCGGGUAUUUCCUGGCUGGACGGGACAUGGCAUGGUGGCCGAUUGGGGCUUCCCUGUUUGCCAGCAGUGAGGGCUCUGGGCUUUUUAUUGGGCUGGCCGGCACAGGGGCAGCUGGCGGCAUUGCUGUGGCAGGGUUCGAGUGGAACGCUACCUAUGUGCUGCUUGCACUGGCUUGGGUGUUUGUUCCUGUGUAUGUCUCCUCAGGGAUUGUCACCAUGCCAGAGUACGUGGGCAGGCGCUUUGGAGGAGAGCGGAUCCGCAUGUACCUGUCAGCACUGUCCUUGCUGCUGUCUGUUUUCACCAAGAUCUCGACAGACCUGUACUCUGGGGCGCUGUUUAUCCAGGUGUGUCUAGGCUGGAACCUCUACGUGUCCACGGUGCUGAUGUUGGUGGUCACUGCACUGUACACCAUAGCAGGUGGCCUGGCUGCUGUGAUCUACACAGACACCCUGCAGACCUUCAUCAUGAUCAUCGGAGCGAUCAUCCUCACUAUCACAGCGUUUAACAAGAUUGGUGGCUACAACAAUUUGGAGGGGGUCUAUUUGAAGGCCAUCCCGUCCAAGAUCAUCCCCAACACCACGUGCCACCUGCCCCGUGCUGACGCCAUGCACUUGUUCCGUGACCCUGUGGCCGGAGAUCUGCCCUGGCCUGGCAUGACCUUGGGCCUCACCAUCCUUGCCACGUGGUACUGGUGCACCGAUCAGGUAAUUGUUCAAAGGUCUCUGUCUGCCAAGAAUCUCAGCCAUGCCAAGGGCGCCUCCAUCUUAGCUAGUUAUUUGAAGAUGCUGCCCAUGAUCUUCAUCAUCCUGCCGGGGAUGAUCAGCAGAGCUCUGUACCCAGAUACCGUGGGAUGCGUGGAUCCAGAGGAGUGCGUGAGGGUGUGCGGCGCGGAAGUAGGCUGCUCCAACAUCGCAUUCCCCAAACUGGUCAUUGAGCUGAUGCCCAGCGGCCUACGAGGGCUGAUGAUUGCCGUGAUGAUGGCUGCCCUCAUGUCCUCCCUCACCUCCAUCUUUAACAGCAGCAGCACGCUUUUCACCAUGGACAUCUGGAAGAAGUACCGCCGCGGGGCCAGUGAGAAGGAGCUACUGCUGGUGGGCAGGAUUGUGACAGUGAUCCUGGUGGUCAUCAGCGUGGUCUGGAUCCCGAUCUUGCAGAGCGCUAACAGCGGCCAGCUGUACGUCUACAUCCAGUCGGUCACCAGCUACCUGGCCCCUCCCGUCAGCGCCAUCUUUGUGCUUGCUGUGUUCUGGAAGCGGACCAAUGAGGCGGGAGCAUUCUGGGGUCUGAUGGUGGGUCUCGUGGUGGGCCUUACGCGAAUGAUCAUGGAGUUUGCCUACCCUCCCCCCCGCUGCGGUGUGUUUGACCCCCGCCCUGCCGUGCUGCGCAGCGUCCACUACCUGCACUUCGCCAUUAUCCUGUGUGCGCUGACCGCUGGUGUGGUGGUGGUCAUCAGCCUACUCACCACUCCUCCUUUAGAAGAGCAGGUCAGAAACCUGACAUGGUGGACCCUGAGCCAGGAGAACGUGGACCGUGAAAUCCCUCUGCAGAAAAACCCGUUCUGGUCCCGUUUCUGCUGCGUGAACGCCAUCAUACUCAUGUGUAUUAACAUCUUCUUUUAUGCGUACUUUGCGUAG